CACCACAUACCAUAUCACGAGAGACAGAACUCAACCUCGUGAACGGACAUUUCCACCAGCCCUACCCUUUUCGUCACCGCAAACGUCACUACUCGCUCUUCUGGCUUCCUCCACUCUAUAUAACGACCCACCAUGUUACUUCUCUGCCUCCUAUGUCACUCGUUUAACUAACCUUUUCUUAGUAAGUAAUAUCGACUCUGCAUUUUCACGCGCCACCGUUACCAUGGUGCAACCACGCUUCCUCCUCAUAACCUACCCCAUCCAAGGCCACGUAAACCCCUCUCUUCAGUUUGCCAAGCGACUCGCUGCAAUUGGCGUCCACGUCACUUUCGCUACCAGCGUCUACCUCCACCGUCGCAUGCUCAAAAAACCCACCGUCCCCGGCCUCUCCUUCGUCACCUUCUCCGACGGCUACGACGACGGUUACAAAACCACCGAGGACUCCCACGUGAACUCCUACAUGGCCGAGCUCAAGCGCCGCGGCUCUGAGUUUUUGGGAAACAUCAUAACCUCCGCUAAAGAGGAAGGCAAACCUUUCACCUGCCUCACCUACACCCUCAUGCUUCCCUGGGUCGCAAAGGUGGCGCGUGAGUUUCGUAUUCCGGGGGUGCUCCUGUGGAUUCAACCUGCCACGGUUUUGGAUAUCUAUUAUCACUACUUUCACGAAUACAGGGACUACAUUAACACCAUCCACAAAUCAGAGAACUCCAUCAUCGACUUUCCAGGUUUGCCCUUUUCGCUCGCAACACGUGACGUUCCUUCUUUCCUCUUACCCUCCAAUGCCUACUCUUUCGCUAUUCCUUCACUCGAAGAACAGUUUAAACUUUUCGACGAAGAAACCAACCCUAGAGUUCUUGUCAACACCUUCCAGGACUUGGAACCCGAGGCCUUGAAAGCCAUCGAUAAGCUAACCAUGAUUUCAAUUGGGCCACUGAUUCCCUCCGCCUUCUUGGACGGUAAAGACCCGACUGAUACUUCCUUUGGCGCUGACAUCUACAACGGGUCAAACGAUUACAUUGAGUGGCUGGACUCAAAGCCGGCGUUGUCUGUGGUUUAUGUUUCGUUUGGUACCCUUGCUGUGUUGGGUCAGAGGCAGAUGGAGGAGGUAGCACGUGCGUUGCUGGAUUCCGGGUAUCCCUUCUUGUGGGUCAUAAGAGAACCCAAUGGAAAACAAGAAAAGUUGGAAGAACUGAGCUGCAGAAAGGAGUUGGAGGAGAGGGGGAAGAUUGUCAAUUGGUGUUCUCAGGUGGAGGUUCUGUCACAUGGUUCGUUGGGUUGUUUUCUGACACACUGCGGAUGGAAUUCGACAAUGGAAAGUUUGAGUUCGGGGAUUCCUAUGGUGAGUUUUCCGCAGUGGUCAGACCAAGGGACAAACGCAAAGCUGGUGGAAGAUGUAUGGAAGACGGGGGUGAGAGUGGAUGGUAAAGCGAAUGCGGAAGGGAUAGUGGAUGGCGAAGAGAUUAGGAAGUGUUUGGAAGUGGUGAUGGGGAGUGGAGAAAAAAGAGAUGAGCUGAGAAGGAAUGCUGAGAAGUGGAAAUGUUUGGCUCGAGAAGCCGUGAAGGAAGGAGGCUCUUCGGAUAGGAACAUUAGGACUUUUCUUGAUUAUGUCGCAGGAUUGGACAGGAUUGUCUGAUGUAACAUUCUUGUUUUUUGGGUUGAUUCUUGUGACGUCUUAAAGAAGCACAAUGUUCCAAUUCAGCUUUGUUGUAAACCUUAUUUUCGAUACUAAAAAGCAAAACUUCCACAAA